ACAGCUCCCAUCAUGCAUCAGGGCAAGGGAAAAGCCAAGAGCGUCUAACUCCAGCAUGGAUAAAUGCUGUAACUCCCAUGAUGCCCCUGUGAGAGCCGAGGUGUCCUUCGGCGGUGAGCCGGAGACUCUAUAUCCCGUCAGACCCUGCGCGCAGGACUCCAUUUUCCGUGAUGCACCGGGCCAACUCUCCCUCUAUCGGCCGGAGGGUAUCCGCGGCGCAUGCGCGCUCCUCCCGAGCUUGUGGAGUUGCGGGUGCGCCGCCAUCUUGUCACGGUCUCAGCCAGCGCUGUGCAGGCAGCGUCCUUCGUGGGAGGAUGGAGCAGAGGCAGCAGGUCCGCCAGCGGGCCUCUGAGUGCAUCCGCAAACAGAAGCGCAAGGAGCUGGAUGCCCGGCGCAGCAAGUGCCGCAUCCGCAUCGGGGGCCACCUGGAGCAGUGGUGCCAGCUCAAGGAGCAGCUGGGCUUCUCCUUGCACUCCCAACUGGCCAAGUACCUGAUCGACAGGUACACUUCCCAGGGCUGCGUGCUGAGUGCAGGGCAGGGUGGCUCAGAUCCCAGCGCCCUCCCCACGGAUGCCCUGCAGCGCCUGGUUGUCCUGUCUCAUGUUCACAGCCAGGAGUGCAGCUUGAUCCCCAAUGUGAAGACCCCCUCACCAGGCGACAAGGGGACCCCAGGGAAUCUAGUGUGGGAGUGCAUGGCUGGACACACCUUCUCCUGGGGCCCCCCUGCACCGGAAGAGCAGGGCUGUGCCCCACCAGGAGGUAGUUCACAGCCCGGCAAAGCUGCCUCCCGGCGCAAGAAGGACAGAGGGGCCAGCUCAGGGCCCAUCCUACCACCUUCCCCAGUGACCAGCCGCAGGCGCUCACUCCGUAGGGCAGCGCUUGCCCAGGACUCCUCUGGGAUGAUAGUUAAGGUGGAGACCAACCCCCUUGGGGAUAGUGGGGUGGUGGAGAGAAUAGCAGCUCCAUCAUCCACAAGCAGCAUGGACCCCGGCGGAGAGCAAGGAGCAGAGAGCACUGACACUGAUGCAGCUCCCCUGGUAGAGGCAGAGGCUGGCACAGAAGGGGUAGAGCCGAAGAGUGCACCAGGAUUGGAGGAUAAACCAGAGGAGGUGCCUGAGCCCAAAGAGGAAGAGGACGAGGAUGAAGACUUCACUGAAGAAGAUGACCUCACUUACACUGACGACCUGCGCGAUGAGAAUUACCACCCCUCACUGGACAGUGACUCCGAGCUGAAAAGAGCGCAAAGCCAGACCAAGAGCCGCAAGAGACCCGUGAAGGGUGUGCAGCUGCCUACUGAGACGAGUCCAGCCAACGGCAGCCCCUCUGAGGAGCAGGCGGUGCAAUCCAGCCGCAAGAAGCGAGGACAGCCGAGCAACAAGGAUUUGGCCCAGAUCGGCCCCAAGAGAAUCAGGAAAGCAACCAAGCGCGAGAUGCUCCUGUGCGAUUUCGAGGGCUGCGGCAAGAUCUUCUCCAACCGCCAGUACCUGAACCACCACAGGAAAUACCAGCACGUGCACCAGAAGACCUUCACCUGCUCCGAGCCCAGCUGCGGCAAGUCCUUCAACUUCAAGAAACACCUGAAGGAGCACGAGAAGCUGCACAGCGACAAACGGGAUUAUAUCUGUGAGUACUGUGCCCGCCCCUUCCGCACCAGCAGCAACUUGAUCAUCCACAGACGCAUCCACACGGGGGAGAAACCCAUACAGUGUGAGAUCUGCGGCUUCACCUGCCGUCAGAAGGCCUCCCUCAACUGGCACAUGAAGAAGCAUGAUGCCGACUCCUUCUACCAGUUUUCCUGCGACAUCUGUGGCAAGAAGUUUGAGAAGAAGGACAACGUCACUGCGCACAAGAGCAAGAGCCAUCCCGAGGUGGCUGCCGGCCCGGCCCAGCCCACGCCGGAAAUGCCAGAACCUGCCCACCAGGACGCGCCAUCCCCGCCCCCCACCCUCACUGAGGAGACACCAACCGAGGACCACCCGGAUGGGCCAUGCCCACUUGUCACAGAGCAGCUGGAGAUCCCUGCACUGAGCCAUUCCAAGAUGGAGAAGGCAGAAAGGCCGGUGUCCCCCAUCACAGCCUCUGCCGAGUAACGGGCCACACCGAGCGGGAUCCGGGUCUGACCAGCGCUUGGGGGCUGAGCCACAGGGGAUGUUGGCAGAGAUGAUCCCAGCAGGAUCCUGCCUUCCAGCUGGACUCUGCUGAGGGUGCGACAUAAAGCACUUAGCAGAGGGGUGGGGAUAAUGACUGAACCAUGGCAGGAGACGGUAGCGGCAGAUCUGAAAUCCUGCCCAGGCACUGAGAGUAUGGGGACAGGGAGGCAAACCCCCGCAGCCAUGCACAGUUUCCCCACACCAGUCAGUAGAGCGCAGACUCUCUGUGGGCCAAGAGGACUGAGACACCAGGCAAAGGGUCUCACCUUCUCUGGGGCAGGGGAGCUCUGAAGAAAGAUCCUGAGGUUCGCCCUCCCCAGGAAAAGGCCUCAGUUUUGCUACCCUCGGCUUGGGGUUUUGGACAAAUCCUCAAUAAAGAAUUAUUUUGUGUAAUGCCUGGGGCAGGGAGAGCAUCUUCUCUCAUGGCGCUGCUGGUUCUGCCAGCGUGGGUGGGGCAGGGGUGAGGGUAGGUGAGCCUGCCUUCAUCCUAAUGGCCACAGCUCCUGCUGCCGUUUCCCACCCCAUCUCCCAGAUUGGUGCAGCUCCAGUGACUGCAGGAUGUGCACCCAUCCCCCGUCCAGCUGCGGAAAAGCCUGCUAGUGUCAUGGUCUUUGUAUUAGAGCAGAAUCUUGGUGUCCUAACGGAGAUUGUGAGCCCAUUGUGUUGAGAGCUGCCUGCAUGCACUGUGAGAAGGUCUCUACCCUGAAGAGCUCCCAGUGUAAAUAGACCAAACAGACUGUAAGGAUUCUGAUCCCCUCUUUUUACAUGGGAGAUCGUAUCACAAAAAGAUUAAGGGCAAGAUCUUCAAGGGUAUUUAGACUCCUAAAGUCUGUGGAUUUCAAUGGGAGUUAGGUGCCAAUCUGGUCCGGCUGAACAUCAGUGUCUCCUAAGUCACUUAGACCCAGAUCGUCAAAGGUAUUUAGGCUCCUAACUUCCAUUGAAAUCAUGCGAGUUAGGAGCCUAAAUACCUCUGAGGUCUGAGUCUUAGGUAUGUUUGAAAACUUUAUCCCAGGGGACUUGCUUAAAGAUUGCGCAUUAGGAAAGAGUUAGAUAAUAAGGCAGAAAAUAUCAUAUUGCCUCUCUAUAAAUCCAUGGUUCACCCACAUCUUGAAUACUGCAUGCAGAUGUGGUCGUCCCCUCUCAAAACAAACAAAAGGAAGUAUUUCUUCACCCAACGCACAGUCGACCUGUGAAACUCUUUGCCAGAGAAUGUUGUAAAGGCCAAGACUAUAACAGGGCCAAAGAAGAACUAGAUAAGGUAAUGGAGGAUAAGUCCCGCCAAUGACUAUUAGUUAGGAUGGCUAGGGAUGGUGUCCCUAACCUCUGUUUGCCAGAAGCUGGGAAUGGGUGACGGGAUAGGUCACUUGGUGAUUGCCUGUUCGUUUUAUUCUCUCUGAAGCACCUGGCAUUGGCCACUGUCGGAAGACAGGAUACUGGGAUAGAUGGACCUUUGGUCUGACCCAGUAUGGCUGUUCUUAUGUUCUUAUAUACAGAGAGUGUGUGACUGAGCCAGGAACUGAAACCAGAUCUCACCGUUUGCCUUCUGUUAACCACAAGACCCUUUUGUUUUCUUCCUGGAUCCUCUUCACUUAUGUUACGGGAGAUGAUUUCAGGUGAUGGAGGCCCAGCUCCUCCAAGGUGCUUAGACGCCUAACUCCCAAUGGGAUAACUGCCUUGCAUAGUAAGCAGGUUUUCGUUAUGUGGAAUCAAGGAAAACUCUGACCCCUCUUCUCAACAAGAUACCAGUCCCUGGAGAUGUGAGCCAGAGGAAAGGGAAGAUUUUCCCACCAAACGAAGCUUGAAAGUUGAAGAUCUGACCUCGGUGUCUGCGUUGUAAAAUGUCACCUCCCCUCACUCAUAGUCCAGAUGCACCUGAUCUCCCCUGGGCUCUCAUUCAAGGCCAGAGGGGUGUGCGGGGAGCUGAGAGCCCAGUACUGUCCUUGGUACAGCCCCACUGUCCAGAUCCCUCCUCUGGCUUGAAACUGAAUUCCCCAUUCCCCGUCACUGUCUCCCUGGCCACCCCUCUGGCCCAGCCGUACCAAUCACCUACCUCCACCUUGGAGCCCAGAACACAAGUAUGAGUCAAAUCUCUUGGGGAUCUCAGGCAGGCUGUGCCUUGUGUUUCCUCUGUGCAUGGUCUUCUAGUCCUCGGAGACGACGAGCUUGGAGUGGGCUGUCUGUGGACAGAGUCACUUCCCCCUCCCCCCCCGAGAGAGAGCCAUACAUUAGCACUCAGGGCCUGUUCAUGUCAUGGAAAGGAAACCAUUCCUCAGUGAGGGCUGGUCUACGCUAGAAAGCUAGGUUGACUUACGUACAUUGCUCAUGGAUGUGAAAAAUUCACCCUGAGAAACAAAGUUAAGCUCACCUAAGCCCCGGCAUAGACAGCACUAUAUUGACAGAAGAAUUUGUCCACUGACCUAGCCAGUGCCUCUCGAAGAAGUGGAUGUUCUAUAGUGAUGGAAGAACCUCUUCCUUCACUGUACUUAGUGUCUAUACUACAGCGCUGCAGCUGUGUUGCUGUAGCGUUUUUAGUGUAGACAUACCCUAAGUCUUCCGCAGGAUGCACCUGCCUGAUGUCAAUGGGGUUUAUGCCAGCAGAACUGGGCCUGUGCUUACCUGUCUUUGGGCUUAUACAGCCCUCACACUGGACGCCUGACAAUCAUCCAUGGAUUUUAUCCUUGCAUGCACCCUGUGAAGUAAGGACAGAUUGGUAACUGAGACACGGGGUGGUAAUAAUGGUUAUGGAUAGGAUUUUGUCACAGUAAAAUUAUGCCUUAUUCAGAGCACAGUCAUGGUGAAAAAUAGAUAAUUUCAAGCUAUGGCAACAAAAAUUUGUGUAAUAACAGCUGAUUGAGAACAUAAAUGUGCAUUUAUUAACAGUAAAAUGUUUCUGCUAAACAAACAGGGUUUGUCUAUGGAAACAUUUACAUGUACCUGCUAUGCACUUUGAUCUAGUUCUCUGACACUGGAGCAGGGCCAGCCCACAACAUUUUGGCACCUGAGGCAGGGAGCUCAAAUGACACCCCCAUACCCCCUCACUUGGGCCAAAACCUUGAAAGGUCUCAGUUCUGGCUUCUUCCUGUUCUUACUUCUCUCAUGGUACUGCUCUGCUACCUACUCCAAUAAAGGAGAACUAACAACUUAAAAUGCCUUGUUCAAAAAUGUUAAGUAACACUUAACUUUCAAACACCUGAAUAGCAAAUGUAACUUUUCUUGUCUGCAUAGUAAACACUGGCAUUUUUAUCUGUUGGAAUAAUCAAAGUGGUGGUUUCUGUGUCUUCUUGGUUGCAAAGGUUUGAACUGCUUUCCCCAAGAAUCAGGCAGGCACAGACAAUACUGAAGGGGGUUUAUUCAUGGUACCAGGAAGACUGAUAAACAUCUUCAGAA